CUUUCCUCAGCCUGGCAUUCCUUUGAAGUCAUUGCUGGAGUGCACCGUUUGGUUGGGCAGAUACCAAGCAAAUUAAACCACCAACUUCCCGACAUUGCUGCUUGUUUCUUCGUCCAGUUCACGUCUCGUUGCAUAGUCCUUUCACAUUUUCUCCGCAACACCCCCUGGCGAGGUCCCGGACCCGGUCAGUUGUGAUGGCUUCAAUAUACACGGAAAUACAGCUGGAGGGGAAUUCCGACAGCAUCCGCAUCCUCGAGCUUGCCCCUCUCGGCCCUUCGCUGUCGACCGGUGUUCUUCACGGUCGCCUGACCAGAGCUUACCUGCACCGAAGCCCCGAUUACACUGCUCUCUCGUAUGUUUGGGGUCCGCCGGAGUUUACGCACUCCAUCACUCUCAACGACUCGCACACGGUGCCCAUCACCGAGACACUAUUUGACGCGCUUAAAGAACUUGCUUCGGACAAAGCAAACGCUGGGGGGCUGUCAUUAUGGAUCGAUCAGGUCUGUAUCAACCAGACAGAUGACUCCGAAAAGGCUUCUCAGGUUCAGAUGAUGUCAAGGAUUUUCAGGCAGGCAAACCUCGUUAUAGGAUGGUUGGGUCCAGCCGACACUGAUAGUAACGAGGCCAUGGAUCUUUUCCGCUGUUUCUCUCUCAACACCUCAUCCCCCGAGAAGACAGAACUGGGCCAAGAUUUGCGUCACAGAUUGAAGUUGGAAUGGACGACGGAUCAAGAAGGCCGCUCUGUGAACCCUUUGGAACAGGAGAGAAACAGUGCCGGGCUUGCCUGUGUGGCGAUCCUUUACCGACCAUGGUUCAAGAGGCUCUGGAUCGUUCAGGAGCUGGUCUUAGCGCGAAAGCUCGAACUUCGCUGUGGCUCUGCAACAAUAUCUGACAGCCAGUUCUUCACAGCGCUGGAAUCAUCUGAAUGGAAAGGUCGGAAAAAAGUUGGAUCUUUCUCAAAGCCCCUAACCGAACGUAUAUCUUCCUUAAGGAGGCUAAGAGAUGACCUGCUCACCAGAAAUGAGCUGUUGUCAUUUGUCUCUCUUGCACACGACUUCCAGGCGUGGGACUGUGGCAAUAACCAUGAUCGACUCAAUGCUCUCUACGGCAUUUCAGCCUGGAAAAACGGCAAUAAUUCCUGGUUUCUACCAGAUUACAGCAUCUCGGCGAUGGAUCUCUACUACCGUUUUGCUGAAGGUUACCUGAAGCAUACUACUGGCGGUUUGGAUAUCCUUCGUUACGCAGGCCUCGGCUUUUUUUUGGCCAGCCACUUGCGUCAAUCGAACGGUGCCGAGUGGACUUGUCCUUCAUGGGUGCCUGACUGGAGAAUAAGAAACAGGGCAAAAACUUUGUCUUUCUUAGGACCUUUUGAUGCCACUAUCGACGAGGCAUUCUUCAGGGUGGAUGAGACCUCCAAGACACUUAAGGUACGGAGCCAUCGAAUGGACAGCAUCUCGAAUAUGCCUCAGACCAUAUUCUCCACUACCGAUAGGACAAUUAUGCAAGACAUCUUUGCAUUAUCACAGAGCUAUACCGGUAAAAAGAUGGAAGAUUUUGUAUCAGCAAUUACCACGGAGGGGCCAUUCAGCAGACCAGGUCAAGUGUCUAAACAGGAUCAAAUGGUCGAAGCUUUCAAAGCGUGGAAGGAAAGACAGGAAAGACUCGAAUACGUCUAUGCUGGGCAUGAUGAGUCCGAGAGCCUGGGUGUGCCGUACAUCCCUGAUGAUCUGGCCGACCAUUUCGCGGCUAUGGCUCUUGGUCUGUUCCGCAACAGAUCGUUUUUUGAAACUACUAACGGCAGGCUGGGCGUGGGACCUGCUCAUGUCAAGGAAGGAGACACUAUUCUUUUCAUAUAUGGACUACGGACACCGUUUGUCGUCCGGAAGUGUACCGCAGAUUUGUCUGACAGUUCCUAUAUUCUUAUGGGGGACUGUGUUGUGAGCAGGUACGAGACGUAUGAGCUAGGUCGGGCACGUUACUCCUCCUCCUCCUAUUUGCAUCGAGAGAUAACACUUGUGUAAGCUGUAGCGUGAAUAAUCGGCCUUUGAAGAGACAGUCUAACCAGCAAUUCGAGGAACCUCAGACCCACUGGGCAUGUGACGGAAUUAGUUAAGAGCAACUAGAGGUACCUAGAGGUAAAUAAAAAGUGCAAGUUGGAACGAAUCCAAGUCAUAGCAAAGUCUCCCGUUAUUCA